UGGGCGCCGGUCUAAGGGUUUUUUGUAAUCCUUGGUAUCUUAUUGUUUAAUAUUUCUAGGAAUGCGUCCCACUCGACGUCAGUCAUAUAUUCGUGAAAAGUGUCCCGAUUUAGAUAUGUCAACUAAAUCUAUCACGAAUACUGAUCCUAACCAAUCUGGUUCAUCGUUGCCUGCUCAGUCACCUAUUCACUUGCGAAAACGUGGCCGACCAAGUAACAGGAAGUUAGUUCAUUUUAUUAAUCAAAAUUCAUCAAAUGGUUCAUCUGAUCAUAAACAUAAUAAUAAUAAUAAUAAUAACUUUAAAGAAGAUUUAUCAACCAAUGAAAAUCAAAGAUACUUUAUCCAAAAAAAAUUUAAUCCAUCCACCGUAUAUUCAUCAAGUUCAGAUGAAUUAAAUUUACAUUAUUCACAUCGUGUAUUACGUCCACGUAGAUCAACAUCAAAUUAUUAUCCACAAAGAAAAAGACGUAAACAUUUCAAUUGUGAUAAAAUAACUGAAAAAUCAUUAUCAACACAUCAAAAUAUUCAAUAUAAUGUACAAACAAAUUCAUUACAAAAUAAUUUAUCUGUUAAUAUUAAACCAUGUACACAUUCAAUCAAUAUUCAAGAAGAUCAUAAUAAUGCUAUGCUUGAAGAUGAUGAUGAUGAUGAUGGUGUAGGUGAUAUUGAUGAUGAUGAAGAAGAUGAUCAUGAUGAACAACAAACAAGACGUUAUCCAGUACGUAAUCGUAAGAAUACUAUUGUUUAUCAGGUUGAAAAUUUGCAGAAUAAUCAUAGUAAUAAUAACAAUCAUGGUGUUCAACAACAUCAUAGAAACUGGUUAGCCGGUACAGGUUAUCAUAAAGAAAGACGAUCACGUCAAUUGAAAUCCAAGCAUCGUAAAAAUUUAGAACAUUGUGGUUCAAGUAGUAGUAGUACAUCGUCUUCUUCUUCAACAUCAUCGUCAAGAUCUAAUAUUUCUGAUAGAUUAUUUUGUAAUCGUAAAAGUUGGCAUAAUCGUUGGCAUUUUUCUUCUACUAAAGAGAAUAAUGUUCCAUUAACAGUUGAUAAAGAUGAAAAACGUUUUCAACGUCGUAUUAAUAAAAGUAUUAUACAUGCUAGAUCAGAGCUUAUGCCUAUAAACAGUCAUCAACUUGGUUAUGAAAACAAAUCCACAUCAGGCAAUCGAGCUUUUUCUGCCACUUACUUGGCAGAUAUCGAACCAAUGUCUAUUGAUUCAUCUGUUGGGUUCGAACAAGUUGGGGGUCAUGAAAAGCAUAUAUUAGCAUUGAAAGAAAGUAUAAUUCUACCGCUAAUGUAUCCUGAAGUGUUUUCAAAAUUCAAUGUAGAUCCACCUCGUGGUGUACUGUUUUCAGGACCUCCAGGUACCGGUAAAACAUUGUUAGCUAGAGCUCUAGCAAAUGAAUGUAGUCGUUUAGCUGAAGGUAGCAAUAAUAAUAAUAAUACCGUAAAACAACGUCGUCCUAUUGCGUUUUUUAUGCGUAAAGGAGCAGAUUGUUUAUCUAAAUGGGUUGGUGAAUCUGAACGUCAACUAAGAUUACUAUUUGAUCAAGCAUAUCGAAUGCGUCCUUCUGUAAUUUUUUUCGAUGAAAUCGAUGGUUUAGCUCCUGUUCGAUCUUCAAAACAAGAUCAAAUUCACUCCAGCAUUGUUUCCACUCUUCUCAGUUUAAUGGAUGGUUUAGAUAAUCGUGCUGAAGUUGUGAUUAUUGGUGCAACAAAUAGACCAGAUGCUAUUGAUCCGGCCUUACGACGUCCUGGACGAUUUGAUCGUGAAUUCAUAUUUACAUUACCAACAGAGGCAGUUCGACGUCGUAUUCUUGAUGUGAUUACUGCAAAAUGGGAUUCAAAACCAGAUUCAUUGUUACUUGAUCAAAUUGCUGCAGCAACGAUCAAUUUCUCCGGUGCUGAUCUCAAAGCAUUAACUACAGAAGCAUGUUUAUGCUGUCUACGUCGAUGUUAUCCUCAAGUCUAUAGUAGUCAGGUGAAAUUAGCUUUGGAACAUAAAUAUUUAGUGGUCUCUCAUUCUGAUUGGUUUGAAGCAUUACAAAUUGUUCAUGCUUCAAGUGAACGUUUUGAUAGUGAUGUAUCAGCUUCAAAUUUAACACCAUCAACAAAUGCAUUAUCUUCUACUAUACGUACACCAUUAUCACCAACAUUAGCCAACUUAUUAUCACAUCAUGUUAAUAAAAUUGUAAAUUAUAUAACACGAAUAUUAUUAUUGACUAAUUCAAGAAAGUUUGAUUCCUUGAGUAAUAAUAAUAAUAAUAAUAAUAAAGAACUAUCUUUAUCAUCACCUUCAUCAUCAACAGGCAUUGUAUAUGAUAAUGUUUCAUCGUGUAUUAUCAAAUCGAAAUUAUUUAUUCAUGGUAAUAUAUCCGAGGUUAUUAUGAAUGCUGUAUGGCAUAGAUUAGAGGCAUUACAUGUAUUCACAUUAAAUUUGGCCAAUCUAUUUGCAUUCCCUACAAGUCUUGGAAUGUGUCCAGAAGCGGCUAUUGCACAAAUUAUCUCCUCUAUACGACGUACAUUAAAUAAUUCUUCUUUAACCACAUUCAAUAUGAAAUCUCAAUUAAUCAAUGGUAUUGUUAUUGUUUAUCUACCAUCAAUUGAUAUACUUCUUCAUAGUUUACCACAAUUAACUGCUACUUAUCUUGUUGAUAGAUUAAAUGCAUUAGUAGAUGAAAUCAAUUGUGAAUUAAAUUAUAUUCCUUCAACAUUGAUCCAUUCUGAUUAUUUGGAAGGUUCUUUAAAUAACAACAACAAUAAUAAUAAUAAUCGAUUACAAUAUGCUACCAUGAAAACUUCACGUCGAUUAAUCAUUAUUGGAACAUGUACAAAACCACAACAACAAUAUUCUAAUUGUUUCCCUCCAAAAAUUGUUCCACCUGUUAACAUAGAAAAACAUAAUUCACCUAUUAAACAGUGCAAUAAUAAUAAUAAUAAUACAAGUACAACACAUGAUAAUUGUGUAUCAAUAUUUCCUAAUUUAAUUGGAAAAUCAAAUGAUGUAAACUGUCGAGUCACUAGUGAUAUGAAUCUUAUCGAUAAAUCUAUAUCAUCAUCACAUUCAUUGCAUUUAAGAUCUUCACCAUCUUCGAUUGUUCCCAAUACAAUGCAUCAUACUAAUGAUAGUAAUGGUAUUAAUAAUACUAAUAAUACUAAUACUACUACUAUUACUAAUAAUAAUGGUACUACUACUACUACUAUUGGAUUGAAUGAACACUUAAUGAAAUAUACAUAUGACCAUGAUUUAAAUAGUAUUAAAUUUCAAUUUACUAUUCAAUUACCAGAAUGUCAUAAAUUAUCUAAUACUAAAAUGAAUUCUUACAUAACACCAUCAUCAUUAAUGAAUACAGAUUUUAUUACAAGUAAUACUACUACUAUACAUGAUACUCCACUUCCUCCUCCUCCUCCUACUCCUACUACUACUUCUACCAAUAAUAAUACUACUUAUAAUUAUUUAUUAGAUUAUACAGAUAUAGAUAAUGAUUAUUUAAAAAAUAUUGAUAAUUCAUUACAUAAUCAAUUAUAUAUAAAUCAUAUAUUACAUAAACUAUUUAAUAAUAAUCAUACAGAAUUUAUACAUUUAGAAUUACCUAAUAAAGAGGAAAGAUUAACAUUUUUUACAUCAGUUAUUAUUAAAUGGCCUCAAUUAACAUCAUUGGAAUUAUUAGAUAUACGUGAUAAUAAAUCUAUUAUUCAACAACAAUUAUCUAAUACACAAAUACCUAGUCCACAACCAGCUGUUGAAAAAGAUGAUGAUGAUAUUUCAGGAAAGUACAAAAAAGAUCGUUAUCCAGUAAAUCUUUCCCCUGAAGAAUUAGCUAUUAUUGAAUCUAGGGAAAUGCAAUUAUUUCGUCGUCUUCGACAAAUUCUACGUAGAGUUGUUGCACAUUUAGCAAGUUUUCGUCGUUUCGCCGUAUUCACUAGACCAGUUCAAUUGGAUGAAGCACCGGAUUAUUAUGAUGUUAUUAAACAACCAAUGGAUUUAGGUCUUAUACGUGAUAAAAUCGAUUCACAUCAAUAUACUAAUGUAACUGAUUUCAUGAAGGAUGUAGAAUUAGUCUAUCUAAACGCAUUGGAAUAUAAUCCACCGAAUAUACCACGAAGUCGAGAUAUUCGUUCUAGAGCAUCUGAAUUUUGGGAUGAAGCAUGUUUACGUAUGGAAGAAGAAUUACAACCUGUUGAUUUGAAUGAAUUAUGUGAAGAGGCAACUCAAGCACGUGCAGCACGUUUGUCUCAUGCUGAACUAACCAAAACUCCUUCGACCUCGAUGCGUAAUUCAAAAAUCAAAGGAUCAGAGCAUCAAUACUUCAAGGGGACGGAUCGAACAUCUCAAGGGACUGGUUUGAAGCCAUCAUUACCUCUUCCACAAGGUUAUCGUUAUAGUCGGAGGUUGCAUGGUGAAUCACCUAUUCUAGAACUCAGUGACAUUCUUCAAUUACAGUCAUCUAACAGGCGUCGUCGUACGAUUUCUCCUAAUUCUUCUUUGAAAAGUCCAUCAAAGUUACAAUCAAGUGAAUUAGACUGUGAUAUUGAUACAUGGUCAUCUCCUGGUCCUACUUUGAUAAAAUCACUUGAAGAAAAUGAAUCUGAUCCUUCUCAAUCAAUAUUCAAUGGACACUCGUCAAAUUUAUUUAAAUCACCACUUUCGGAAGAUUCAUGUAAUCGGCAACGAUCCAGUCCGAAAUCUCAUGAUGAUCAAUCAUUUGAUCAAACACCAUCACCUACUCUUAAUAUUACUGCUAAUACUAAUACUAGUACUGCUACAACUACAACUACAACUUGUACACCCAUUCAAAUAGAUUUGAAAAAGUUAAAUCAUUUUCUUAAUGAACUAGUUCUACAAACCGAUGGUUGGCCGACAUUACAGCUGAUCAAUUUACAUACAGAUUUUUCUAAUUUAAUAUUUUGUAAAUAUGCACAUGUUACCGAUAGAAUGUCAUUGUCAGAUGAUUUUGAGAAGAUAUUUGCCAUUUAUCAAAAUGCACACUUUUGAUUAUCCAUAAUACACAUACCAUAUUUAGGUGUUUUCUCAAUUCAUUAUAUUAAUAUGAUUGUAUUCACAUUUUGUAAACCUCAGGUAGGUUUAGGUUAUAUUCUAUAUAUUCCUAUUUGUACAUUAGUAUUACCAAUACUAGAUAUUAUGGUUCAUGGUGACAUCAUCAUCAUCAUCAUAUGUGGGCAGCUUUAUCAUUCUCCUGAUACUUCCUCAUUAUGAUCAUUAUCAUGUCCACAUUCUUGUUGUUAUUGUUUUGCUCUGCUUUCCUUUCCCUUUUUUUCUCUCUUUUUUUGUUUUUUUGCUAAUAAGAUUUUUUUUCUUUUUUUUGAUAAAAUAAAUUAAUAAAUAGUUUUUGUGUAAUGCUUUUUUUUGUUUUCUUGUCCUUCUCAAUAUGUGAAUACGUGUUUUAUACAUUAAAUAGUUAUAUUGAUUUCCUAUUUGUAACCAUGUUAGGUAUUAUUAUUAUUAUUAUGAUUUUUACUAGUGUUUUUCUCUUAUUAUAAUGCGUAUAUUAUUAAACUUAUUAAUAAAUAAGAAGAGAUAUCUGGUUCCCUGAACAUAAACACACAACAAUAACAACAACAACAGCAAUACACAUAUACACACAAAGAAAGUAAGUUUUAUAUGAUAGUUUAUUGCAUUUUUCCAUUUGUUUUUGUUUUGCCUUUUUGUGUAACACGAGUUAAUACUCAAUGCCUUUUCUUCUUGUUCUUCUUUCUCUUUGAAUCAAUACCCAGUUCCAAGUGCACCUGUCUGUCUGUCUAUCUAUCUAUCUAUCUAUCUAUCAGUUUGUCUGUCUCUCUUACUCAUUGUUACUAUGCCUAUAGUUUAUUUAAGGGAAUAUAUUAUUCAACUGAAAACUGUGUACAAUCUUAUUCGUAUUGUUUUAUUAUUAAUUAUUUUACAGAAUAUUUCACUAAUGCAUAGCACUAUUACGUAAUAUCACUAUUUCAUAAUAGUAAUAAUAUUAAAUUUUAUAUUAGGUAUAUAUAUAUUGAUUAUUUAGGUAUAAGCUCUUGCUCUGGCUCUCUUACUUGCUCUCGCUCUCUCUGUUUAUUUGUUUGGUUUUGUCCUAUCUGUUUCCAUCUAUCUAUGUAUCUAUCUAUCUAUAUGUGUAUAUGUAUAUGUAUUGUAGGUAAUUUUCUCAAUUAUUGAUUGAUUGAUUGAUUGAUUGCGAAUUUAGUUCUCUUGACACUUGAUAUUAGUUCAAUAAAGAAAAACAAAAACGAAAAUAGAGAAAAGAAAAAAAAAGAAGCAACUAAUUAUUAGUAAUUUUCUAUUGAUAUAAAUAGGUCUUAUUCAAUUUUUAGGUGAAUCCGUUUUUUUUUCUCUUUUCAUUUUGUAUUUUUUACAAUAAUUAAAUGUUGAUUAUGUAAUCAUUGUUGUUCUAUUUUAUACAUUUAUGGUGUUGUUAUUACUGCUACUACUACCAUGACUUUGUUAAUUGUUUAAUCAAUAAAAUGAUAAUGAAUUUUUGUAAACAUUUUUCUAUGUUUUGAACCUAUAAGUCUUGGUAUAAGGAAGCACCAAAUAGAUAUGAGCCAUACAAAUCACUUGAUUUGUGUGAGAGCUGUGAUUCUGUCUACGUGCCAAAACCGAUUUAGGUGUAUUUCUUAAGGGGUCACACCCGGAGUCUUUGACUUAAAGGUCUAA